AUGGCUAGCCCUACUGUUCUUACCUUUGAUGCUGAGGGGCGCGCAGUUGACUUUGACGUGUGGGUUGACGACCUGCAGCUCUUUCUUCAGUGUGACUCUAGGGACGCGGUAUCCCUUUUCGAUCACACGUCCGGAGUCUCUACUGCACCUGCUGCCACUACUGAUAGUACGGUUCGCUCGCAGUGGACCACUCAUGACGCUGUUGCUCGCCUUGCUGUUCGUAGUCACCUGCCGUCUGCUGAGCGCGUGCACUUUGGCCAGUACAAGACUGCUCAGUCUUUGUACGACGCUGUAGUAGCGCGCUACUCCUCCCCUUCCACUGCUGCCCUCAGCCGCCUCAUACUACCAUACCUGUUCCCUGACCUUGCCACUUUUGCCACAGUUGCUGACCUCAUUACUCACCUCCGCACUAGUGACGCCCGCUACCGAGCUGCGCUUCCACUGAGUUCUCUCACUAUUGACCUGCUAGAGGAGUGCCUCACUGCAGCUGAGAAGAGUAUCUUUGUUGUAGGAGGUCGGGCUGCGUCUGCUCCUAGUGGGAGGCGCCGCAAUAGCAAGGGCAAGGGGGGCAAGGGUGGUGGAGGGGACGGUGGGGGCGGCGGUGGAGGCGAUGGAAGAGGCGGAGGGGGUGGCGGUGGAGGUGGGGGUGGUGGCGGGAGUGGGGGCUUCGGUGACGGCGGUGGGGUGGUGGAGGCAGCGGCAGCGGUGGUGGAGGUGGCGGCAGCGGUGGUGCUGGUCGCGGUGGAGCCGCGCAGCAUGGAGGCUUUGGUGGUAGCCAGCGCCAGCAGCAGCCGCGUUCCCGUGAGACCCCGCCGGCUCAGCAGCUUCGUGAGUGGCAUUGAGGCUGCUGCUCUGGGUGCUAGUGAGUCUACUGCUCCAGGUACUAGUGAGUCUGCUGCUCCAGGUGCUGGUGAGUCUGCUCUCUCUAGUACUGCACCUACUGAGGCCUUGCACACUUUCACACUUGACUCUGGUGCUUCGCGCUCCUUCUUUCGCGGCAGCACCACACUCACGCCGCUCAGUCGGCCUGUCGCAGUCUCCCUGGCUGACCCUCUGGGGGCCCAGUCUUUGCGCACUCUUCCACGGUUCUACCGUGUCCUGCGGCCCCGUCGGGCUUGCUGUCGGGACUCCACCUCCCCUCGUUCUCUACGAACUUGGUGA